AUGGAAUCAGCCCAUGCUCCUGGGACGGCCGGCCUCACUUCCGCUCGCGGCCCAGACGAAGAAUGGUCCCCUUUGACAGAUGGCUUUGGAGGUUUUGUUGACAUUGAAACCCUCUCUGGUGGUUAUGGCCAAACACCUCGAGUUGACACCGAACAUCUGUAUGGCGAUGAUCUGAUCGGUGUCAGUAUCAGUCGAGCGCAGACCCAGAUGAGAUCUCCAGAGACGCCUGUGGCCGAAAAGGCAAGAGCUCUCAAUCUGCCCGUCGAGUACUUCCAGAGAAUAUUGGCGCUGGCCGAGGAACCUGACCAAGAAAAUGACACCGACGAAGCAAACGACAGCCAGCCCAGUACACCGCACGCUAGUCCCAGGCCACCUGCACUCUACCAGGAUAAUGCCGAGAGAUCCGCCUCUUCCGAGAGAAUAGAAACGAGAACCUUGUCGCGCGAGUCGACCGCCGCCAGCCACCAAGGAAGACGCUCUAGUCAUACUAUCGAAGAACCAGAUCUUGCCUUUGACAGGGGUUAUGCACCCCAAGCUUCAAAACCAAAAGAUGCGGAUCAACUUGCGAGUCCGUCCCGGGAGUACAAAUUCCCACCCCACCCGAGUCGGAAACCACCUACGCCGCCGGGGGACGAUCAAAUGGCUCAACAGCCCCAACAUUCUGAGGGCGAUUUAUCACGCCUUAUCAGCAUCGAAGAAGGUGCCCAGUUACUGCACCCUCACAGAUUGUCCAUCACCAAGAACCUUUUGAGCGGGGCAGGAAGUGAGCGAAGGCGCAGUCUCUCGUCGGUUCCAACGAACUUGCUUUCCAAUUUGCGAAGAUUGCUACCGGACAUUCCUUCCGGUCACUUUAACAGGAGUUCUAUAUCUCUGUCUCUUUUGCCAUCGAGCAAUGGAAACUCUGGCCAGCAGAGCCCCUCUAGCGGUCAAAUGACACCAACCAGUAGGCCGUUUCGAUGGUCCAUUCGCGAACCUCCUCAGAGGCGCAGUACUGGCGACGCAGCCCGCGGUAUGCAGUCGGAACAAGAGCGGGUUCACGACCUUGCCGCCCUGUCGCGGAGUCAGGUGGACGGCAAUGUGGAAUCGCUUCUCUCACCCACCAGUCCGGCAUCCAACGCUAGUCGAGCGCGGUCCAACUCCGAAGGAUCUCUGUACAUAAGAAGGAGAGUCUCAGGAGUCUCGGCAUACGAUGACAUUAGCGCCUUUGCCCACAUUUCGGAUAUGGCAAAUUCUCGUUUCAAAGCCAUAACGGACAGUUUCCAGAACUCGACCCUAAAACUACCUCGGCUACCCGCACUUCGACAGGUAGCAAAGCGACGUACGUCGCCUGACCAAUCGAAUGGAGAAAUCCCUCGAGGAAUUGGUGAAACUAGCGGCGACGAAAGAGAACAGCAUCCCCAUUCCAGUUCGGUCAAGAAGAUACGGAACGCAACAAAAGGCGUUGAGGUGGAAACUCCACAGCAGCGAGCCCAUCCAAUACUGUCACGCGCCCUCUCAAAGACUACCGGUGACAUUGUUGUGCUGGGCGGCUACAGAGGAUCUAUUCUAAGAUCCGCAAAACCUCCUCAUCGGCAGCUUUGGGUCCCCAUCAAAGUUGGACUGAACAUGCGUAAAGUGGAUCUUGAAGUUGGUUUGACGCGUGAGGACGAAGAGCGCAUGGAACAAACAAUCAUCCCGUCCGGCAUUCUCUCCCAUAUCGGGCCGAUCGACAUCUGCCGAAGAUUGCUCAAGCACAUGAAGAAAUGCCCCAGCACACGUGAGAAUAAACUUAGAGUCCACGAUUGGGGCUAUGAUUGGCGGCUGUCUCCAGAUCUUCUCAGUGGAAAGCUGAUCAAGUUCUUGGAAUCGCUGGAGUGCAAUCAUCCAGAGACGCCUCACGAAAAACGAGGUGCCACUGUUAUCGCACACAGCCUCGGAGGGUUAAUUACACGGCACGCGGUCAAUCAGCGGCCAGAUCUUUUUGCGGGGGUGAUCUACGCUGGUGUGCCGCAGCACUGUGUCAAUAUUCUGGGACCAUUGCGGAAUGGCGACGAUGUGCUUCUCAGUUCGAGGGUCCUCACCGCACAAGUCAAUUUCACGCUUCGAACCAGCUACGCUCUGCUUCCGGAAGACGGUCGCUGCUUCAUCCAGAAGCACACAAACAGGAGAUACGAUCUGGAUUUCUUCGAUCCGCGCGUCUGGGAAGAAUAUCGCUUGUCUCCCUGCAUCAACCCACCGAUACCACACAGCCUCCGAGAGAAAGAAGAUCGUAGGAAGAGUAUUAUCGGGGCUCUUUCCGACAGCAUUUCGGGGUCAAACAAACGUGGGUCAUGGUUCGGAGGUCAACCUUCUCAAGGGCAGUCCUCCAAUCAAACGGAUACCAGAGUGGCUUUAGAGGAAGCGAACCAGCGAGCCAUGGACAAGGCCCUGGAAGCGGGUCAGGAUAUGGAAGGCAAUGCAGAAGGAAUGGUUGGGCCAUCAAUGAAACAGUCCACCCAUCGACCCACCGUUGCGACAGCUGUGACAAUUCCGAAAGAUCUUGCAGAGGAAUAUCUGGAUCGCACGCUAGCGGAGAUUUCGGUCUUCAAGAAGCAGUUGAAUUUCAUCCCUGCCCAUCAAGAAAACAAUCUUUACCCACCCCACGCAUUUAUCUUCGGCAAGACAGUCCCAACUGUGUAUGGAGCCAGAGUCGCAAAUAAGGAGGCGAUCAAGUACACGGAUGUGUUCGACGACCUGGCCUUUGCAGCAGGAGACGGAGUGGUGCUUGCGAGUGCGGCACAGCUGCCAGAAGGGUACCGUUGUGUCAAAGGAGGCAGAGUGGAAAGUGAUCGGGGACAUGUGGGAAUCAUGGGCGAUCUGGAGGGAGUGGGGCGCUGCCUUGAAGCGGUAGUUGAUGGCAGAGCAAAGGGCGUUGGAUUGGGGAAAGCAGAUGCUCGUCGCGCCGGGGAUUCGAGCGAUUCAUGA